GCACCCACCGGCGGGGCAACCACAGCCACAACAUGAUCGGGGCGACCGGCAGCAGACACUUCAACCAGAAGCGUCGGGCCAGCCUGGCCACGGGGACGCCCCUGCCACUGAGCCUGGUACCCAACCUGGACAGGAUGUCGGAGGAGGAGGAGAGCCGCAUGGGGGCCGUGACCCGGAGGCGAGUCGUGGAUACCUCUGAUCUGAGAACGUGUGCCAUCUUACAGUCGAGGCUGAAGGAACUCAAGACAUACCCAGA